AUGGCAACCAUAACAGAGAUCUCCCCUUCAUUCCCAUUAGACCAACUCAUCACCAUAGCAUCACAAUCCUCCUUCCUCCUCAACCCGAAACCCAUGGCAUUGCUCGCCCUCGUAGCCGCCGUAGCCAUCUACAUCUCCUUCACCUCCAACAAGGUCUACCUCGUUGAUUUCGUGUGCUUCAAGGGACCUCGAACCCACCGUGUCCCCACCUCCACGUUCAUCGAGCACGCGGAGAUCAUGUCCGAGCUCGACAGGGACACGAUCGACUUCCAGACCAAGGUCGUCGAGCGCUCGGGCAUAGGCAACCAGAGCUACCUCCCCAGCGGGGUCCAUACCCUGCCCCCGAGCACCUCGUUGAAGUACGCCGAGGAAGAGCUCGAGAUGGUCCUCUUCUCCAUGGUGCGAAACCUCAUGACCAAGCUCAAGAUCAGCCCGAAGAGCAUCGACGUCGUGAUCACCAACUGCAGCAUGGUCUCCCUAACCCCUUCUCUAUCCGCGAUGCUGAUCAACAAGUUCGGGUUCAGGAGCAAUGUCAAGAGCUAUAACUUGUCCGGGAUGGGUUGCAGUGCUGGAUUGGUAUCUCUAUCACUGGCUCGAGACAUACUCCGAGUUCACAAGAACACGGUAGCGCUCGUUCUCAGCGUGGAGGCCAUCUGCCCGAGCAUCUACGAAGGGAAAGUGAAGUCCAUGCUCCUGGCGAACUGCCUGUUUCGAAUGGGAGGGGCAGCAUUCUUGCUGUCGAAUCGUCAGGCCGACAGCAAGACCGCUAAGUACGAGCUCCAACAUAUAGUGAAAACCCACAUCGGGUACAAAGACAUGUCUUACAAGUGCGUGUUUCAGGAGACUGAUGAUGAAGGCCACACUGGGGUGGCACUCUCGAGGUCGAUCCUGCAAGUGGCAAGUGAGGGUUUGAAGACGAACCUCGCUACCUUAGCUGUAGUUGCAUUGCCUUACUCCGAGCUUGUCAGGUAUGGAGUAUCAAUGGUUUGGAAACGGAUAUGGUCUAAAGAUAGGAGAGCUGUGAAGAUGCCAGAUUUCAAGAAGGCCUUCGACCAUUUCUGCAUUCAUACAGGUGGGAAAGCUGUGAUUGAUGCUAUGAAGAAGAGCCUGCAGUUGAGAGACAUGGACGUGGAGGCAUCAAAGAUGACGCUUCAUAGGUUUGGAAACACAUCAUCUUCAUCGAUCUGGUAUUCCCUGAGCUAUCUAGAGGCCAAAGGGAGGAUUCAAAGAGGGGAUAAAGUCUGGCAGAUAGGGUUCGGGAGUGGGUUCAAGUGUAACAGUGCUGUGUGGAAGUGCAUUUCCAAGAUGAAACCAGAUCAUUGGAACGUUUGGUCUGAUUCCAUUGACCAGUAUCCAUUGGAGGUUCCAGAUUCUCACUAGGCGAUAGACCAACUGACAAGAAAGGAAAACAGAAUAAAAGGCAUUCCUUCUGAGUGCACAGAGCAUCAAAACGAAUAUGUAACUUGUAGCCAAAGUAAGAGCCUAUAUGAUAAAACAUGAGCGUGAAAUCCAUGAUGUUUUCUGUAGAACUGAAAAGCAAGCAGUAGCAUCACAGUCGGGUAAUCAUAAGAUUUUUUUUUUAUGUCCUAGUGUAAACAUAAACAUGAAUGUUCAAUGGUGACAUAUUAUCAAAGUUAAAUGGUGACAUGACUCGUGUUUCAAUCAAUUGCGG